UAUAAAUCCUUUCCUUUGGGACAUGAUUGCAUUAACCACACACAUCGCACAUAUAGAGAGUGAUUCUGCUUUUAACAGUAAUAUUUCAUGUCAACCUGACUUGUCAAAUAUGGGCCGAGUAAAUAGGGGUGGGCUGUGGUAAGAGGAACAGGAAGAGAUGAGAUGAGAGAAAGACAGAAGGUAGCAGGGCAGAUAGAAAAGGCGAGAGCUCAUCACGACGGCAUGUGAAACUAGCAGAUUUUCUUUUUUUCUUCUUUGCUCUUAAUAAAAACGUUGACAGGACGAGUGAUAAGCCAAAAAUGCUGUGUUCACUGGAUCAAGACUUUGAAAGAUGAUGUUUUGAGAAGAUAAAAAGAAACGAGGCGAACGAAAAGCUUCUUUCUGUUUUCUCACAAGGAUCAUAAGGAUUGUAAGAAAGACCACUGGACAACACAGAUAUCAAAGUUGAAAUGGCUGAAGAGGAGCUGUUGGAGCCUCUUGUCAUCAUUGAAGAUGGAGAUUUGGUAGAAAGUAUUACUGAAAUUAGGGCGCCAAGCGGUGCAGAUGUCACUGUACAAAGCUGUAGCGAGGAGUUUGCUAUCAAAAAGGAAGAGGAGCACACAGAAGAGGAAAACAGUCAACAAGAAAUAGCGGGUGAAAUAAAUUUAGAAGAGCAAAGCCUGGAGAAACAGCAGAUAACCAGAGAAGAAGACAAACCAGAGAUAACAGAAAGCACAAAUGAUGGACUCAAAGGAAAUGACAGUAAAAGUGAAGGGCAGCCGGAUGAAGUGCUUAAAGAAAAAACUGAAAAACUCUGUAGCACAGAGGAUGAAAAGGCCACACAGUAUGACCCUGAGGCAGACACAAACAAGCUAAAUUCAUCUGAGCUACAACCCGAGGGGGGACCAGACCACAAAGAAGAUCUCAAAAAGGCUCACCGGUUAACCCCUGACUUCCCAGAGGCGCUGUAUGACCUGCUUUGCACCUUUCAGGAGGGCAGACGGCUCAAUGACCAGCGCUGCUCCUUCAGGCUGGAGAGUGGGGUCAGGCGGAGGAGGUGCCACUCUGAGCCCAACACCUCCAAACCAGUUAACAGAGUCGUCUUUUCCUCCAUGACUUCACUGCAGAAAGAGGAGUUUUUUGACCUGGUGGCCACUGCACAAGGACGACGGCUCGAGGAUCAGAGGGCACAGCUUGGAAGGUCUUCACCACCAAAAACAAAGACCAGAAGUGUCAGAGGGAGCAUAAGACAACUGUCCCUGUCUGUGAAAAAGCCUGCACCAGUUCCUGCGCCCAAAGAUGAUCUGUACGAUAUGAUUCUAACCACACAAGCUCAGGGCAGGCUAGAGGACCAGCGCAGCAGGGCUCCAGGUCCCAUGGAUGAUGAGGACUUCUUCUCCCUCCUCCUGAGGGUCCAGGGGGGACGCAUGGAUGAGCAGAGGACCGAACUACCACGCUUGCUGCAAACCUGAGAUGGAAUAAAACCCAAAAGUGUGGGGCUGCUGUGUGUGCCAACUGCCAAUGUAGCCUCCCUGCUUAAGUUUCUAUUUAAAGAGGACAUUUUUUUAACCCCAAAAUGCUUUGUGUUGGGGGUUGGGGUGGAAUUGCUGUAUCUCCUAAUAGUGUUAAAGUUGUCAAAAAUUGGAGCAAAAACGCUAAUGUUUGAGCAACAGUGCUGUUAAUGUAAAUUAGGAGAGUUCAUGAUGAGAAGUUUACUUUUAGUUAAUUUUUUCCAGUAACCAGGAUCAGUAGAUAUGUGAUUUCUCUGCUCUGGAAUUAUUCCAUUGUAUUGAAUGUCUGCAAUGAGCUCUUGAAUGGUUGCUGUGUGUGUGCGCGUGUCCUAAUUGUAAAGGAGGCAGUCUGCUGAAUUCUAUUGUUGUCGUUAUUUGUACAGAUCUAAUGUAGCACAACAGAAAUAACAGUGAGCUCCAAGUUCAGGAAGUGCUGGGGCUAGUUCUCCAAAAUAAAUCAAAUGCAUCCUGGA